UUAUAAAUAUGAACUAUUCAUUCUUGGUAUUCUGAUGACUUAACUUUUAGGGUGCACCAUCUCAGCAAAGUCAUAACACUGUCAAUAUGAGUGGUACUCACCUUAAAGGAGCUGGUGGACCAUCUGGAAGACUCAAAGGAAGUCAUGCAGAUCUUUUAGGGAAACGUUUAGGAAGCUCCCGUCUUACACAAGUUGGGAGAUAUAUCACCUCUGAUAAUAAUUAUCCUGGCUACUCAAGUGCAGUGGAGCCAAAGAACCAUCAGAGUAUGAGCUUUGUGAAUCCUUAUGCUAAUCAGAUCUUCCAAGAACUUAACAAGCCUGCACCAAGAUCCCCUGACGAUUCUUUAAAAUAAGAGAUUGGAGAAUCUUGAACUUCAAAAUUCAAACUUAAAACAUAAACUGAAAAGAAACAUUAAUCAACUUGAGAGACACCAGUCUUCACAAUCUUCUGCUCCUCAAAUUCCUAAUACAAUUUCACAGCCUCCAUGGAUGCAGAGUCCCAUGCUUCCCAUGCCUCCUGCCUACAUGAACCACCAAGAUGAGGAAGAUAGUGAAGAAGAAAGAAGAGCUAGGAAGAAGAAAAGGAAAGAGGAAAAAUAAACGAAGAAGGAAAGACAAGAAAGCUAAAAAGAGACGUAAAGAAAAACGAAUCCGAAGACGCGAGCGUGAAAAGAUUAGGAAAGAAAAUCCAGAUAUCAGCUUUAGUAGUUCUAAUGAUAGUGAGCUUGAUACUUCAAGUGAUGACUCCCAAAUGGAUGAUGAAACCAGGAAGCGCAAAGAAAUAGCUAAAAUUAUUAGAGAUACUAACAAAGAUACCAGCUAUAAGCAUGCUAAGGAUGUCAUGAGGAUGAAAGACAGAUUAUCUAACGACAAGUACUACAGAAAAGAGCUUCUUAAUAGCCUCGGAAUCCCUAAAUUUGACCCAGGGGAAGAAGUCAACGCAGAGCUUGAUUUUGAUGAUGAAGAGUAUAAGAAAUUAGAAGAAGCUAAGAAGAAGAGGCAAGAGGGGCUUCAGAACCAUAACUUAUUUGAAAAACUUAUUAUAAAAGCCCAGGAUAAGCUGUCUUCAUCAACCAAGAUGAAAGCUGGGAGAAAGUUCAGAGUUUAUAGCAAGGUAUUCGUAGAGCUCAUCUCUAUUCUCAUGAAGUUGAGGAACAAAGAAAUAGAUAAAAGGAAUGAUAAUAUUAACAACUUCAAAGACAGUUUAGUACUAUAUAUUGAUGUAGCCAAGAAUUUCAUUCUAAGUCAAAUAAAAGUACCUGUACAAGGACUUCUGCAAGACCAAUCCUUUACCAUUGAUUUUGUAGAUGCCUUUACAGCUCCAACUAUUGAUAGCCGUUUCAGAAAAGCUAAAGUCAGAGUUGAAUCAAUAGUUGGUAGUUUGCUAAAGGCUGCAACUGAGACUGAGUUUCCUCAUAGUUUGCUCCUCUUCCUUAACGAGCUGACUAGUGAUGGUACCUUUAUUCCAAACAACUUCUUAACAAUCUUUGAAUUACAUCGAGUCAUUUUAACAAAAUAUGGCUCUCUAAAAUCUCCUACUGAUGAGGCAAAGCAGAUGAUAAUAGCCUUUUUCCUUUUUGGGUAAGAUUCUAACAGGAUUGAUAUUUCUACAACCUGAAACUGUCGGAGUUGGAAUCAACAUUAACACGACUUGAAGACAGAAUUUCAAAGUUCUAGCUUCGAUAAUUUGGCAUGCCUGUCUCAAGUACCUUAAAACAUAUGUAAAAUGCAUCGACCCUAAAAAUGACGGAGAUUACUACACUAAAUAACGGCCGAAAAAUACGCAAGAAAGAAACUGAUAUCAUCAGUGAAGAUCUUUAUAGCGAAAGAGAGUUGACCCAAAUUUUUGCUAGAGAAGUCAAAUGGUUUAAUCUCCUUGCAGCUAAAAUUGGGAAGUUCCUGAGGAACAUCACAGCAAUGCUCCCUAGGCAUAAAGAAAUAAAAGAGUUACAAGAGAAAUCCUAAUAGCAGUUCAAUAUUAUUAUUUCAAUAUCU